GGGCUUCGCCCGGGCUCGAUCUGACCAUUUCUUUCGGACUGCAGCUAGUUUGGACCAGUCACGCAAGCGCGCCGUCGCUGAUGGGUGCAGGUUUGGUUGCGGCAGUCUGUAGGUGUUAUGUCGUCGCCCGCCAUGCCAGGCGACUAUCGCGAGCAUUUGCGGGAAAUUUUGUCGACGCGUCCUGACAUCAAACCUGCUGAGAUGUUCUCCGUGCUUCAAUCGGCCGGUUUCUCAGAUAUCUGAAGGCUGCCAUCAAGCAUGCUAUGGCCAAGGCAAGACGGCUCGAUGGAGGGGGCCAUGCCGAUGUUGGAGUCACAUCUGAAGGAGCCAGUGAGCUGCCUGGCUACGUUCAUGGCUCCUCAGUCGUAGGUGCGCUUGUGGAGAUCCGGGGGCUGGAGAGCAAGCCAGAGUUGAACGGGCUGACGGCUCGGAUACUGUUUUUCGACUUGGACUCGGGUGCAUAUGCCGUAGAACUAGUGGAGGCCAAUGGGGCUGACCUUUCUGGAACGGAACAGCGCGCACCUGUGCAGCUGAAGCUCGUGGCAGAGGCGUGCCAUGUUCUCCCAGACGGUGAUGACAGGAUGCCCUCGCCUGGGUUGGUGGAUGCAGCAGGGGUCUCCUCGAUUCCAGACUGCCAGACACCGAGAGCAAGGACCGCGCGGCAUUUCUUAUUCGAAUGGGUUAUCUGUAUUCCGCUGAGAUGUUUUUGAACGCUCAUCCAGAAGUGGAUCUCAAGCGGGCAUGGACCGCGAAGGCUGCGGAAGGCGUGGCACACGAAAUCAUAUGCGAACCCACGUCUGGGAUUCCCAGCAUGAAGCUAGUUGAUGUGCCAGGGAAGGGUCUUGGGUUCGUGGCUCAGCGCAGUAUCAAGCCAGGCGAGGUGGUACUUGUGGACACGGUUUUUGCAGUCGUGAACCACACCAACGACGACGACGAAAAUUUGGAUAUGGCGGAAGAGAUUAUGCGCCGUUCGAAAUUGACUGAGUCUCACCGCCAAUGCUUCGAGCAGAAAGUUGACGUGCUGAGCUGCCCCAGCACGAGGCAGUCGCACUUUCAGACGCGGGCCAUGAGCAGAGGGCUUCCCGAUCACUUCGCCAGGUUGGCGAACAUAUCAGAAGCUAAUGCGUUUUCACAUCGGGGGGAUCUGGCAGAGAAGCCAACGUCUCUUCAAAUGAGACCGAUGCCCACGUCUUUCGCGCUCUUGCCGGUGGGCGCUCGAUUCAACCACAGCUGCCGUCCGAACGCUCUGAUGCGCAUGGGGAGCGAUACGGCCGCGACGGUACCCGGAUCGCAAAGCCGUGCCGUCUCUGGGGUGGCCUAUUGGACAGCGGUACGCCCGAUCCAGGCGGGCGAGGAGGUGACGGGGGGGUAUGUUCCAGGUCGGCGGAUUCUCUGGCAGUCCGGACGGAGAAGCUGGCCGCUCGGGGCUUCGUUUGCUGCUGCCCGCGAUGCGACGAGGAGAGGAGGCUGGAUCCCAACACAACAAUAUCCUGCAAGUGCGGUCAAACGCACUGGCAGUUUCAAGAGGACGGCGAUAUGCGACUGGCGCAUUCUUCAAUCGCAUCCUCGGCAGCCCAUGGCUCUUGCCAGGCUUGCAACUUUAAGUACGACCGUGCCGAGGUGCUGCAGCGGUACCAGAAGGCAGAAGCGAUCGCUGCUCACAUGAGCAGUGGUGCAGCAGCGAAUGAUGAUCCCCGCCAGCUCUUGAUGAUUCUCCUGGAUGCACAAGGCGCCACGCAGGGUAUCUUCCAUCCUGAAAAUUAUCUGGUGAACGUGAUUAUCGUAACUCACAUCUCGUCCUGCCAAAUGAUGUGCGCAACCCGCGAUUUGGGCUUGAGUCGAAAAUCUAAGGUGCAGGCAAUGCAGGAUUUCAUUGCUUCUCGGCUACUCUUGAUCAAAUGGUACGAACGUGUCUGCGGGAUCCAAGACGAACCAGAUAGUGUCCCUUGCAUGUACGAAUACGCCGAGAUGUACUACCGGCUCGUGGGGGUGAUCCAGAAGUAUCCCGAUCUUUCUGGACUAUCAAAAGCAGAGAUUAAGCAGUACCGGACGAAACUCGAAUGGAUAUGUCAAGUGCUGUAUGGUCAACCAGGUUUUCCCGAUUCUGAAGCGAAGUUGAUACAGAUAGGUUAGGUGGGCUGCGUCUUUAUUGUAUGAGCAUCUGCAGGAUGAGUGUUGACGUCCACGCUGCAUCGCUUCAGAGCUCGCGAUCUGCGCCAACUGAACACCCCCCAAGGAGAAACUAUCGCCAUUCC